CAGUGGCCAAAUUACGCAUUUCACCAACAAGUUUGACUUUCAUAUCUAGAAUUUCUCCACUGAUUUAACGGGGACGUCCGGUUGUUCGCUCCAACAUCAUCACAUGACUACGCCUACGGAGUAUAUAGUGGCCCAUUGUCUCCUCCAUGUCCUCGAAUGCUUCCUGCAUAGUUUGACUUUCUUCACAUUAAUUCACUCUCUAUUCCUACACAUUACCAUUCUUGAUCGACAACAAUGACUCAAUCUGUCCUCAUCACCGGCUGCAGCGCCGGCGGGAUCGGGUCCGCUUUGGUGGAAGAAUUUCACGCGAAAGGGCUACACGUCUAUGCGACCGCGCGAUGCAAGUCUAAGAUGACACAUCUCAAGCACCUGGGAAAUGUCACAUUCCUCAAGUUGGACGUGACUUCUUCGUCGGAUAUUGAGACGGCAGCGGAGUUCGUCCGAGAUCAUGCCGGUAAACUCGAUAUUCUGAUCAACAACGCCGGUCAAUCUAUGGUCUACCCGGCACUGGACAGUAGCAUUGAAAGUUCGAAAAAACUGUUCGAUGUCAACCUCUUUGGGCCGAUGGCCGUGGCUCAGGCUUUUGCUCCGUUGGUCAUUGCCGCCAAGGGCACGGUAGUUAAUGUUUGCUCGAUGUCGGGAGUUGCAAAUGCGCCGUGGCUGAGUGUGUACAACGCCUCCAAAGCCGGUUUACAGUCAUGGAGUGAGACCCUUCGAUUAGAGCUCAACCCUUUCGACGUGCAAGUCAUUUCACUGGUGACCGGCUCCGUCGCCACGAAUCUUUUGACCCACGCCAAUAUCCGCCUGCCUAAAAACUCACUAUAUCUGAAAGCGAGUGAGCAGAUCCAGCUGCGUGGAAUGGGCCAGGACGUACAGUCGAAGGAUACUCCCGCUGAGUUUGCAAGCAAACUUGUCAGUGAUGUUCUCGGUGGUGCUACAGGCCUGGUGUGGCGCGGGAAAAUGGCAUCGAUGAUUUGUUUUCUAUCGAAGUUGGCACCUAUGUGGUUCAUGGACCUUGCCUUAACUCUCCGUACGGGACUUGAGCAGGUAACGAAUCGCGGUGCGAAAUGAAUUCGGCUUUUAACAUGAACCACUUUUUGUACUGUAUUCGCAGACCUCAUUAGGAUACCCACAAUUUUGCUAUGUUUACCCACGCUUAACAAUUAAAUACAUUUACC